AUGGCGCACAUUCUGCAGCGAUGUGUGCGGUUUAUAUGCAGCUUUAGAAGGUCUUGGCACAUUGUUGCCCUCACGUUCACUGCCACCGUGUAUGGGAGCGCGCUUGUCAAUGUGGACGGCUCAAGGAGCUUGACAAGUGCUGCGUGGCAGCAGAUCCUCGACAACAUGUACCCUGAUGAAAAUAGCAACGCCAUGCGCUUGUCCGAGCGCGAAGUAGUGCCGAACUGGGACGUGACAAUGCAGGCGGAUGACGUCACAAAAGCCUUGAAUGCAUUCCAGACAUUCUGCUGGUUUAAGCAUGGCAUGGACGACCAUCUCCCAUUCUUCUGGAGUUGUGAUAUUCAGCAUGUAGCCGCGGACUUCUCCGAGGAACCGCUAGACCCCAACAUGAACUGCACAGCGGCUUUUGUCACAGCUCACAUCCUCAAGGGCGAUGAUCCGCGUUGUGUGCCAUGGGGCGAUGAGUCUAUUCCGUCACUUUCCCUGGCUGUUGACCCUAACUUUGACGAGUACGAGAUACACUCAUCCAGCCCAAUGUUUGACCCGCUCGAGACGUCUCUGACGAACAUGGAGCAGCGCUUGGCCGCCAUCGAGGCGCACCUCAACAUUCCAGUGAAAGCAAGAAACGGCCUGGAGAAAUGCGGCGCCAUAUCCAAGGGAUGCGCGCACAAACGGAAUGCAACGGCGACACUUCCAGAUGACUUUCCCUGUUCCUGCUUUGGAGACUCCGGCAAGCCCUUCAGUACCUGCCGAAAUCAUCACUGGGGUUUGCUGCAGCUCUGCCAGCCGCAGCGGCUUGCGGUGAAGUUUGUGAUCUUGCACCACAUGCCGGCGGCAUCGCGACAAUUGCGCCACAAGUUCAAGCUUCACCGACUCGUGCAAUGGUUUCUGGUCGACAUGACAUUCCAGAGAAUUCAGGGUUGGAAUGGUGAGGAAAGUGGGUUAUAUCGCGCCUACAUGCAGCUUCGUGAGGAGCGGAUUAUGGGUAGCCCUUGGACGAGGAGAACUGUGCAGGAUGGACUCUUAGUGCUUUGCUGCUUUGCCUCGAUGCUUUGGUUCAUCGGUCAGGCGCUCGGAGCUUGCCUCUUCUUUCUUCCCAGGAACUGCUGUGCCUUGUGGGCUCUCAGAAGUGAUGAGAACGGGCCGCGAAGGGUAGCGAUUCAUGUUUUCAAGGAGCAUCUCAUCCACUGCCUUGUGGGUCGACCUGUUCGCUUGAACUCCGUCAACCACUUCGAGGCGUUCAUGGAGAUCAUCGUCAGCAUCUGCAUGGUGGUUGGUGUUCUGCGAAGUAUCUUCACAGGAGGGGACCCAUGCACCAUCGUCGACUGUCGAAGCCAGGCUGUCCUGGAGGGGCUCGUGGACCAGUCCUACAUCUUGUUCCUCGAUGAUGACGCGUGGCACGGAACAGCCUGGCUUCUCCUCUACAUAACCAUCGUCUUUGCCAGCCUCUCCUUGAUUGACAAGCUUCGUUGGCUGCCAAGUGUCAUCUUGCUCUGUGCAGUGCGGAUCGGGCACUUCCUGGUGGCCUAUGGCCUCCUCCUCUGCGGGGCAGGAUUUGCCAUGUACAUGGGCUACGGGCCGCGCUACAUGCAAUUCUCCUCGCUGUGCCGGUCCUGUUCCGAGCUGUUCUUCCUAACCUGUGGCAUGCCCAUGGGUGUCUUCGAUGGCAUCCACCCCUUCCAGGAUGCCGAUUCGACGGAGGUGGCCGUCUUGCUGGCGCUGUAUUGCUUGUUUAUGACCAUCAUUGGCCUCAACUUCUUCACGACCAUUAUUUUGGAUGCCUACAGUCAAGCGCGCGAUGCCCGUGCUGCAGACACGCAGCUUGAGCUCAUGGGCGAUGAGCUUUGUUGCAGCCUCAUGUCCGUCAUUGGGCUGGAGCCAGAGACCUGCCUCGCCUCCCCUCGGCCCAGCAGCACGCCUGCGACGCCGGACACGUCCGAGGCGCUGAGUCAAAGUGAAGAUGAGCUGCAGGAGUCCCUGGUGCCACCAGUGCAGCAUGGGCCAUAUUCCGAGAUGUGA